AUGUCCCUUGACCUCUCCAAAAAUAAUAUUGAAAACUAUGCCAAAUUACUUUUGACCGGCGACUAUGCGGACGUGAUAAUUCGUGUUGGUAAAGACCCGAAUUAUAAAGAGUAUCAGGCUCAUUCGUUAAUCCUGAGAACGAGAAGUAGUUACUUCGAGGCUUCCCUGUCAGUGGUUUGGUCAAAGAGUGUGGGUAAGGAUAUGGUUGUAUCUAUGCCAAACUUUCGGCCAAAUAUAUUUGAGAUAAUAUUAAAGUACAUCUAUAUUGGUAAAAUUGGUCUGGAAAAUUUGAACAAUGCGGAAAUUUUCGACCUGCUGAUUGCGUGUGACGAACUGUGCUUGCAAGAAGUCAUUGAUCCAAUUCAAGAUUACAUCCUCGCCAAUAAGCUCUCAUGGUUGAAUCAAAAUCUCGCCCUCAUCUAUAAUAUAAGCUUCAAACUUUCAACCUUGCAAAAGUUGCAAGCCUAUUGGAACGUGGUUGCGUGCCACAACCCAGACCUUCUUCUGAACUCCCCGGAUUUCCUUCAAUUGGACCAAGAAGUCUUAACGUACAUAGUGAGACGUGAUGAUUUUGAUGUCGAAGAACUGGAAAUCGAGGAAAUAGAAUUAUGGAGGAAACUCAUUCGUUGGGCUGUUUUUAGAACUUCGAAUAGUGACGAGAUAUCGAAAAAGAGCAUCUCCGAGUUAAACCUCACCCCCGAAUUUUCGGAUUUGUGCCGAAAUCUUGAUCCAUUCGUCAAAUAUAUUGAUUUCUACAUGAUCAAUGCAGGAGAUUUUUAUCAUUGGGUGAAACCGUUCAGGAUCCUUUUCCCAGAGGAUCUCUAUGAGGAUCUAUUGCACUAUCAUCUAUCCCCGGAGACCCAUAAGGGAGCACUAGCUCAAUAUUUUUCGAGGCGUUUUAAGCCCAAGAAUAUUUCGAUCGAUUCGAUAAUAAUAAAAGCUUACUAUCUGCCCAUAAUAUGCACUUGGAUUAAACAAGAAGAAACGU